AUGAAGUUCAUCCACAUUUGCCUCUCUCUCUUCAUCCUCCUCUCCAUCUUCACCAUUUGCAGAUCUGAUGAUGCUGAUUGUGUGUACACGGUGUAUGUGAGGACCGGAUCGACCAUAAAGGCCGGGACUGAUUCAAGUAUUACCUUGACUCUCUAUGAUGCUAAGGGACAUGGGAUCAGGAUCAAAAAUCUCGAGGCAUGGGGCGGGCUUAUGGGCCCGGGCUACAACUAUUUUGAGAGAGGCAAUUUGGAUAUCUUUAGUGGGAGAAGCCCAUGUUUGACCAGGCCAGUGUGUGCAAUGAACUUGACGUCCGAUGGAACCGGCUCGCGCCACGGGUGGUAUUGUAACUACGUGGAGGUGGCGACGAUUGGGGCCCACCAGCAAUGUGCCCAAAAAUUGUUCACGAUUGAGCAAUGGUUGGCUAUGGAUAAAAAACCGUAUGAGCUCACCGCGAUGAGGAACUCUUGUUCGUCGAAUGAAAAGAAGCGUAUGAUAGACGGUCAUGAUUCAUCUAUGGUUUCUGUUAUGUAA